UUCAUUAAGUUCAUGCUGUCAUCGGACAUUCAGCGAAAAAAAUCCAUCGGCAUUCGAGAGUGUAAACUUUCCACAGAACUAACCAAAAAACUUGCCGAAAAUGCUGAUCAAAGUCAAGACACUGACGGGGAAAGAGAUCGAAAUCGAUAUCGAACCCACAGACAAAGUCGAGAGGAUCAAGGAAAGAGUCGAAGAAAAAGAGGGCAUUCCUCCUCAGCAACAGAGAUUAAUCUUUUCAGGGAAACAAAUGAAUGAUGAAAAAACUGCUCAGGAUUAUAAAGUGCAAGGUGGUUCUGUCCUCCACUUGGUACUUGCGUUGAGAGGUGGCUUCUAGUACGAAAGGAAAAAUACUUGCGAUUCUGGUCUUACAGUUUCUUCUCCAACGAUCAACUACUGCGAUCAGGAGAAAUCCAGAGAGAACGAGUCAGCAGUCCUUCACAAUACUUCAGCAGACAUUCAAUUCGCUAUAAUAUUUUGGACUUACAUUAUCUAAGGAGAAUACCUCUGUAACUUAAUUUCAAAUAUGGAUUAAAUUGUUUAAUUAAA